AUUCCGUUUUCCUUCCUCGUUACAAGCUGGAAUGUGUUAGCUUGUGCAAGCUGCGAGGUCGUUACAAGUAUUGCAACACAUUGCCGAAUUGGCAGUACGGUCUUGCAACUAUGCUAUCGCUUGUCUUACGUAUUGUCACACGAAAUAAGCUGUAUAAUAGCCUUUUCGGGUUUGGUAUCCCAAUAACGGAUCGAGCAAAAUGGGCGUGACGAAGGAAAUUUUGGCGGAGGGCAACGGGCCGACGCCCACGAAGGGCGCGUCGGUAACGGUGCACUGCACGGGCUACGGCAAGGAUCGCGACCUCCAGCAGAAGUUCUGGAGCACCAAGGACCCUGGCCAGACCCCCUUCACAUUCAAGGUCGGACUCGGCCAGGUGAUCAAGGGUUGGGACGAGGGCGUGCUGGGAAUGAAGCUUGGAGAGCAGGCGCGUCUCACCUGCACGCCCGACUACUCGUACGGAGCUGGUGGCUUCCCGGCCUGGGGAUAUCCUUUUUCACCAAUUAGUUGCAUGAAUUUAAAAUUCCGAAUGUGUACCAAUUUCCUGGUUUCCUUAACUGUGGCUCUGAUGUUAUGAAGUGUACAAUUCAGCCAAACUCGACGCUCAUUUUCGAGAUCGAAGUGCUCAAGAUCGAGUAGAGAACGACGCAAGCUUCGGACCCAAACGUUUAUAGUAGGGUUAUCGUCAAAUGCGAACUUAAUCACGUUUGAUCGAGAUGCAUCUUACAAUUUACUACUGAAGUAUCUGCUUUGGGACUACUGCACGUGCAACAAUACAGACGAGAUUGUCUAGUUGGCGAAGUCGGCACUCUCUGCAGCUUAUCUUUUACGU